AUUCGAAUUUUCCGUCAGAUCCGAAUCGUCGAAGGCGUACGCAGGUUCAUCUCACGCUCCACACCGUAGUGCGACUCGUUUUCCCACGCCGCCAACGUUACACAAACCUCGCGAGAUGGCACGCGCCGCCCCCCCGACAAACAAACGAUAAUCGUCGACGUACUGUCAAACGAGCCCGGGGGCCAUGAUGACGGUCGCGGCGCCGAAACGUCGUCCUCCCUUCUGAACCAUAAAAACCGAAACAUGUUCGAUUUGAUUCGUUUUCGAGCGCUGCCGACAGAACAUAGUGGGUUCUCGUCCGUUUAUCAACCAUGUUUAUCUCUCUGUGUGUAGGUUAGUAUUUUUACUGAAGUUGAUGUUUGUGUCGUCUUGAAAUUUAUUUUUUUUCGGUACGGUCUUGCGUGCGGAAAAAUAUGGAAGGUGUCAUAGUGUCCACGACCGGGGAUAAUCGUAUGAAAACGCGCCUGCGCAGCGGCUCGACUCGGAGUUUGAAAAAUCGGCCGAUUUUGAGUCGGAACAACAGGACCAACCGCAGUCUUCCGAGGACCAGGAGUUUGAGGGAGAGGCAGGUGGGCAGCAUCAACGUAAACAAGCUGCUGAACGACAAUGGGGUGCAGAAGGAGUUCAGGAGCAAUGGUCUCUCCGAAUCGGAGUACGUUUACGGUCCCUUCACUAGGGAGGUUUUUAACGCUAUUUGUGUUCGUUUGGGACACACAGUACACAUUCCUGAGCAAUCUCUAGAAUCUGUUUUCAACGAGAUGCAGUUAUAUCCGUCCAAAUCUCAAGUAUCAGCAAUGCUUCAGUGUGCGAGACAGUGUAGUAAAAGAAAUGGAAACUACGUUACGUUCGGAGAAUUUUGUGUUCUCGUCAAGGAAAUGCAAAAGCAGAGUCCCAAACAGCAGAGGAACAGUCAAGUUAACAAUUAUUCUAAAUGCAAGAAACACUGUGAGGUUUUUCUGGGGGGCUCUUGUAAUCCUACCACAUGGAGAGCAGACACAGCCAUUCCUGCGCUUCAGCGAGAAGGAAUAUCCUUUUACAAUCCUCAAGUGUCUAUGUGGGCUCCUGAACUUUUAGUUGAAGAAUACAAAGCUAAAGAAUCUGCCUCUAUUCUUUUUUUCGUAGUGGAUUCCCAGACAAGAAGUAUAGGUGGAAUGAUAGAAGUAGCCGAUUUGAUAGCUUCUGGCCGAUGUGUUGUCGUAGUUGCAUAUCCAUAUCAUCAAAAUCAGAAAAUAAUGGGAGAAGUCAUCUCACACAGGGAAUAUAAAGAUCUGGUGGACGGUCAGUCUAACCUACUCAUGCUGGUCAAAAGUAGGGGUAUCAAAGUGCAUAAAAAUCUCUCAACCGCAUUGAAAUGCACGGCGAAUAUCUUGAGGAACUCUUCGAGUAAUGGCAUCAAGCCGGAACAGCAGAUUAUGAAUAAACUGAGAAGGCUCCGAGAAGUGUUCGAUUCAUACGGCGGCCAGAGCGGCGACAUCAGCCUGCUGAAGGCCCUAGAGGCCUACGAGGAGAUCACCCAACGUUCCCUGCAUCCCACCCAGCUCCACAACUACCUCCUGUCGAAGACCAACGCCAACAACUUCACCAUGGACGUCCGCAUAAGCUUCGACAAGUUCUGCGCAUUGGUCGCCGAGUUCUCGACCGACGGAUGCGACACUUGCAGAAAUGAAUGGGCGAACAAGACGUUUCAGCGACAGAUGUCAAACAACAACAACAACAACAGUUGUAACGUGGAGUUCCAGCCGAUCAACUUGGCCAAGAACUACACGUACGACGUGUACUUAGGGGGUUCCCUGGCGACGAAAUGCAACUGGAGGAACGACGUCGCCAUUCCACUGCUGAAGAAACACGGUUUAAGCUAUUACAAUCCGGCCAUCAGGGAAAAUAUCGAUAUUCUCGACAACAUGACAGCGAGUAGGAUAUAUCAGAACGGAAACACGAUCGAAGCCUUCCCCGAUGAGAAGAUCCUGGAGUGGAAAGAAGUGAUAGACAGGAGUUACGUGGCGAUUUUCGUGAUUAGCAACGAUACAAGGUCUUUAACUAGUAUGAUAUUGGCAGCUUACUACAUCGGUCUCAACGAGAAGGUCGUUUUGUGCAUACAAGAUUUACCGUCCAACUGUGUUAUCGACAGUGAAGUGUUGUCAGAUCAGGCAGUGAAGGAUUACAACAGGGGUAGGGCCUACUUGACCGACCUGGCCAGGCGGAAGAACGUACCGAUGUUCCGACAGAUAGACGAGGCGGUGGUAACGGCGAUAAACCUCUGUAAAAAUAGGUAGGAAAUUCCUCGUCUCGGAGCUACCGGCCCCAUCUGCUCUCUCUCUCUCUCACUCUUUCUCAUCAAAUCGGACUGAAAGGUACAAAUUUUUUAAGCAUUACCGAAAGAGUCUCCUUCGAAACGGGCUUUAAUAAUUUUAUUUAUUUAAAAUUUAAACAUGUUUUAAACAACUUGGACUGUGUAUAGAACUUUGUUGUUUUUUCUGUUAUCGGUUGUUCUCGUCCCAAAAAACUUAUUUUUAUAUGUUUAUCAUGAAGUGGAACGGUUGUGUCCAUUAUGACAUCUCGUACAGUUACUAAAAAAAACUUUAUUUUAAAACUGUUAAUCGAUCUUGAGAAUUGAAUGAAUAUAUCGGCACAUUUCUCGGGAGAUGUGUAUAGUAAGAGUUGUUAACAACUACUAUUUAUUUCCAGUUGUAAUUGUGUUAUAUUUUUGAGUUUCAAUGCACGCCUAUCUUUUAACCGACUCUAAUCAAGGAGGUUCUUUUUUAUUGUUUGAUUAUUGCAAUAAUUGUAAAUUUGAAUUGAAUCGUUUCCGAAUGUUGACUGUUAACUAGUUAUUUAUUUUAUUCGAGUUAAUUCUUUAUAUAUUUAUAUUAUUUAUUUAUAAGAUUAUUUAUUAUUGAUCAUCGUUUGUCGAGUUGUAUAUUCAUUCAAUGUCGUGAAUAUUUCUCAGACUUGGAACUGUCAACUGUAGAACAACAAAGAAAAAUUCCAAUGUGUGUACAUUUCGUUCGGUCAGUAUUCUGAAGCGAUUCAUCCGUCGGCAUUUUUCGUUAUUAAAUUUUGGACAGUGGUCAGUUGAAACUCAAAAUUCUUGGAAAAUGUUGUUUGUGUCUAAUGGUUUUCAGGAAGGUUUUGUAUAAUAUUUGAAUCAGAAUGUGAUUGCGUAGGAAAUGAUGAGCAAGAUUCAAAUUUGCGGUAAGAAAUUGAACGUCGUCAAGGAAAAUUGAACAAUUCUUUCAGAGCCUACCACUUUCAGUCCAACUAUGGCUUACAUCUGUUCAUUUUAAAAUCGAAAGGUACUAGAAAAGAGUUCAGGUAUAACUGUUUAACUUGCUCUUGUGGUUGGUUUUGCGCAUCGAAUUUUUGUGCAAUUUUUUUGAAAAAUUUUCGUAUAUCUUUAUUUAUUGAGGCUACACAUGCGUCGGAAUAUGAAUUAGGAGAUGACUCAUCCUUUGCUCAAUUUCUAUCAACUCGGUUUAUUUUUAUAAAAAAUAAAAACAAAUAAAAUUCAUCAUAAAGAAUUGUUAACAACCGAUAAAAAUUUGGAAGGUCUUAGUGAAUAUUUAUGGGAUGUGUCUUAAAUAUAUCCUGUGGUUGAGUCAUCUCUCAAUUCAUAAUUUUUCUGUUAUAUAACUAUAUUUUUUGUUAUGCUUGCAAAUUUGUCUGUUUCUCUCGCAAAUUUCAAUAAUGUUCAUCAUUUUGAUCUGAGCAUAUACCUUGGAUGUAUGCUAUGUGGAUUGCCAGUUCGUACUUUUUGUGCUCGAGUUAGCAGCAAGAGUAGUUUUUGUACCACAAAGUUCCUUUUUUGUAUGAGGCGUUUGAAAAGGCUCCUUUUUCUUGCAAACGAAUCAGGUUAUUAUUAUUGAAAUGAUGUAGUUGUUAACUGAGUGUUGGAUCUAUAAGUAUUGAUCUAUUUGAUAUUACUCAAACAUCACUAAUGUUUGUCACAUUUUGUUCUUAGUAUGUAGAUUUAUUAAUUAUAUGUUUAUACAUAUUCAAUAGAUUAAUUUAUUAAAAUGGUUUUGUUUUGAUAA